AUGGAUUAUGCGAUUGAAGUAAGAGAUUUUACUAAAAGAUUUGGCCACAAAACUGCCGUAGAUAAGGCUUCUUUCCAAGUUAAAAAAGGAGAUAUUCAUGGUCUAGUCGGUGAAAAUGGAGCCGGUAAAAGCACUAUUUUUAAUGCCCUGGUUGGAUUAGUUAUUGCCAGCGGUGGUGAGUUAUUUAUUGAAGGAAAAAAAGUAAUUGUCGACCCUUCUUUUAAUUCUAAUAUCGGCUAUGUCCCGGCUGAACCUUUAUUUCCAAGAAAUAUGCGAGUAAAAAAAUUUAUUGAAUUUUGUGGACUUUUGCGAGAUAUUCCGGCUUCCCAAGUGGCUCGAAAAUUAAAUACUUCUUCCUUAAACAGACUAAGCGGACAAAAAUGUAUUAGCCUCUCCACUGGACAAAAAAAAUUACUCCAACUAUUUGCGAUUGAUUUAUAUCAGCCAAAAAUUCUAAUUUUAGACGAACCUUUUAAUGGACUUGACCCUACUAAAAGAACUUUAUUAGCUAAUAGAAUUAAGGAAAUGAGAGACCAAGGUGGCACAAUAUUGAUUUCUACGCACAUUUUAUCAGAUUUACAAGAAUUAGCGGAUAAAAUUACCAUGAUUAAAAGAGGCAAAAUCGUUUAUACUGGACUAAAAACUGAUGACCUUCAAAAACUUUACGAGCAAUAUUUCGUUCAGAACAAGAAAAGUGAUGACUUAUUUGCUUAA